GUCUGUUAAGCAGCACCGUCAGAGUGGCUGCCGCAGGCACGGGGGUGAGAAAUCAGUCUGACCGUACACUUGCCGGCAAACCGCACUGAGAUAAACCAGUCCAGGAAGUUUAUUCCAUUUGAAUCCGGUGCCAGGUUUUAUUUGUAGUCCCGGACUCGCGAACUUUUUUCAGUGCAUGAUGGGCUAAAGUGAAGGAACCAGCAUGGCGGGGCAGUUCACACUCACUCAGCUCUCAAGUGGAAACCCUUUAUAUGAAAAGUAUUAUCGUCAGAUUGAUUCAACAAAUAGUGGGAGAGUUGGAGCUGCAGAAGCUGCCUCAUUUCUGAAAAGGUCUGGCCUGUCGGAUCUGGUACUUGGAAAGAUAUGGGAUUUAGCUGAUGCGGAUGCAAAGGGCUUUUUAAAUAAACAGGAAUUUUUUGUUGCCUUAAAGCUUGUAGGAUGUGCACAAAAUGGACUUGAGGUCUCUUUGAACAGUUUAAACCUUGCUGCCCCAGCACCAAAAAUUAAUGAUAGAAGCAGUCCAUUACCGAAUAGUGGAUCAGCACCUGUUGAUGUUCCCUGGGCUGUGAAGCUUGAAGAAAAGUCGAAGUAUGAUAUAAUUUUUGACAGCCUGAAUCCUGUGAAUGGUUUUCUGUCUGGUGAUAAAGUGAAACCCGUGCUACUCAACUCUAAACUACCUGUGGAUGUCCUGGGAAGGGUCUGGGACCUCAGUGAUACAGAUCGUGAUGGUUUAUUAGACCGUGAUGAAUUUGCUGUUGCCAUGUACUUGGUUUACCGUGCUCUGGAGAAGGAGCCUGUGCCAUUUUCGUUGCCACCUGCCUUAAUACCUCCAUCAAAGAGGAAAAAAGCUAGUGUUCCACCUGCUGUGCCACUUAUUCCAUCUCCACCUUCUGCCAAGGAAAGCCGACAGUCCUUACCUCCUGUGGGAAUUCUACCUACCAAAACGCCAGCGACCCAGUCUGUUAAAUGGGUUGUCACACCAGCUGACAAAACAAAAUAUGAUGAGAUCUUCAUGAAAACUGACAAAGACCAGGAUGGGUUUGUCUCUGGAGUGGAAGUAAAAGCUUUCUUUCUCACCACGGGUUUGGCUCCAACAACACUGGCUCGUAUCUGGGCACUCUGUGAUACAAAUGAUUGUGGAAAGCUCACAAAGGAACAAUUUGCCUUGGCUCUACAUUUAAUAAACCAGAAGCUAACAAAAGGCAUUGAUCCACCUCAGGUUCUUACUGCAGAAAUGAUGCCUCCUUCUGACAGUGCACAAAAGAAUGGAGCCACUCUGAACACUGUAGCUGACUUUUCAGCCAUCAAAGAACUUGAUUCUAUACACAACGAAAUAGCCGAUCUUCACAGGGAGAAAAGCAGUGUGGAAGUGGAAAUCAAAGAAAAAGAGGAAGCAAUCAAGCAGCGAACGAGUGAGGUCCAGGAUCUCCAGGAUGAAGUCGAUAAGGAAAGCACAAACCUACAGAAAUUACAAGAGCAGAGGCAAGAAGUACAGGAUGUGCUCAGUGGCUUGGACCAACAGAAAAACAAAUUGGAGGAGCAGCUGAAUGACAUCAGGCAGAAAUGCACAGAGGAGACACAGUUGAUCUCAUCACUAAAGAUGGAGAUAUCAAAUCAGGAAAUCCAGAUAUCAUCUUGUAAGGAGGAGCUGAUGCGAGCACAGGAGGAACUAAACCGACUGCACCAGGAGACAGCAGAGCUGGAGGAGCGUAUGGAGGCGAGUCAAGCCCAGCUGGAACCUAUGCAGCAAUCUCUUUGGGCAUCCCAUCAGGAAAUUAAUCAGGUGACAUCCAAGUUGUCUGAGCUGCACGAUGAGGAAAGCUUCAACAAUCAACUCAGGUGGCAGAGUCAUCUGCAACCUCUUGUCAAUGGUAGUGUUGAGCACUCUGAUGUCAACAACAGCGCUGGUGAGUGUAAUGACCAGAAGGAAAAUACAGGGAGGCAAAGCCCAUUGGAGAAAGAAGAGACCAUUAUUGAGCCUGCGGUCAACAAUAGUGUUGCUGAACCCAUGCUCAACACAACACCUAUGAUGAAGACAGAACAGACUGAAAUUCAACAACCCAGUCUUGCAGAAAUGGAAGAUCCAUUUGAUACGAAACCUAGUGAAUACUCCAACAAUAUUUCAGACCCAAACCUAGACUUCUUUCAAACAGAUCCUUUCACUGGAAGUGAUCCCUUUAAGGAUGAUCCAUUUGGAAAGGUUGACAUUGCAGAUCCUUUUGGAGGCGAUCCUUUUAAAGGCACAGACCCUUUUGCAGAUGCCUCUGAUAACUUCUUUCAGCAGUCUGCAAGUGACCCGUUUACAGUCACAGAGGCUGAUCCUUUCAAUGCUACAUUAACCAACACUAAUGUGGAAUCAACAGAAGCAAUAAAUGCCAAUGAUCCAUUUGUUCCUGGUGGUGGUACAGUCUCAUCCAGUGCUGAUGCAGUUAUCGACCCUUUUGUCUCAGUGUUUGGAAAUGAUUCUUUUGAAAGUGGGUUUGCAAAUUUUAAUACACUAUCGCAGUCCAACCAUGCAGACCCCUUCAUUUCUGCUCCGGGAGCAGACCCUGGAAAAGAUGCCUUUGGAAAAAAUAUAUUCACAGAUGAUCCCACAAAAAAUGAAGAGCUGCCUCCAGCAUUACCGCCAAAAAUUGGCACUCCAACAAGACCCCCUCCUCCACCACCUGGUAAAAGACUUUCCGUUGUAAAGUCAGAAUCAUCCGACUCCUUCAAGUUAAAUGAUCCUUUCCAUCCAUUUAACUCAGGUGAUUCAUUCCAUAAAGAGAAACAGCUUGAUCCGUUUGCUCCUACUUCUCCAAGUAAGGUUAUUGGAGACAACCCAAAUUUUGCAAACUUCAAUACUUAUCCCAGUGAGGAAGACCAGAUAGAGUGGGCCAAAAGGGAAAGUGAGCGAGCAGAAGAGGAGCGACUAGCCAGAUUAAACCAGCAAGAGCAAGAGGAUUUGGAACUGGCUAUAGCACUUAGUAAAUCUGAAAUAUCUGAAGCAUGACAUGCCCCUUGCUAUUAUUGGUUGUCUUGACUCAUCUAACCAAUGUUGUUCUUACUAAUGUGUUUUCCAUAAAAGCUACCUAAAAUAAAUUUGAAAAUACUGGAGACUCUGACUUCUUGACAUGAAAUUGUUUGUUACUGAAGGGAUCAGUGUGGUGAAACCUAUUAAUUCAGAACUAUUAAAUAAUCUUUAUCCUGUAUAUUAAACAAAAGCAACGUACAAACUAAGUACUGAAGCAAAUCUGUAUUAAAUGCAGUCAAUUCAAUUCUAAUAAUAUUAUUUUGCUUUAUUGGGUAAUGGAGCCCAUCAUCUCAGCAGCUUCCUGUUUAAAUAAUAUUGUUCAAUAGAAUACUUGUCAUUGAACAGCUGUAUAUAUUACACCUACUUAGUUACAAAGUAGAGUUAAAGAAUCAUAAACUUUUCGAGUGUAGCACAUUAACUGUUUCUGUAACCACCAAUUGCUGGCAAUAUAUAACUGUAUAGAGCAUAUGUUUCAGGUUACCUGCUGAAACUGCUGCUGUAAGUUAAACAUGCACUGCUGAACUUUUUACUGGCUUUAUUUUUUUAAACUUAUCCGUUUAUAAAUUUUAAGUGACAUUCCUUUUAUGUUCAUGCUGACUGGAUGAAUAAAUAAACAUAAAUAAAUUGUGAGCUUACGUAAA